AUGCUUAAGUCGCUCUUUGUCUAUAGUGCCGUUCUAGCGCUCUCCGCCGUCCAGGUUGCCGCACAUGCCGCCAUCAACCCGGUCAUGGGAGUCACUGGUACUGCUGCUCGCGAGGACGUCAAAAGGCCAUCCAACAACGCACCCUGCGGAAACGGUGUAAACAUUGCGUCAGCCAUUGGAAGCUCGACCUCGGUUAAGACCGAUUCCUCGGGCUCCUUCACUGUCAAUGUCCAGAACUUUAACGGUGGCAAGGACGGUUCGCGUCAGGUUACUAUGAAGGUGGACGCUGCUGGAGACGGCAAAAACUUUGUGGAUGGUACUGUGUCGGCCAACGGCCAGCUUGCCCCAGCAAGCACAGGCACCGAGAAGGUGACCGCCUCGCUCCCGGCCGGUACCAAGUGCAGCGGUGGAGCAUCAGGAGACCUCUGCAUUGCAUCCUUCACAACGGCUGGUGGAUUUGGCAACUGCGUUGUUGUGCAACAGGUCGGCGGCGGAUCUGGUGCCUCAGCUGGUGCCAAUGCUGCCACCAAGAACAAUGCUAAAGGAGUUACAAACGCCAACUGUGCUCGUGCUUUCCAGGCGUAA